CAAUCUCGCAUUUGAAAGGUUUCGGCCCCCGCUAGUCCAGUCCAUAGCUAGAACUGGUAUCCAAGAUAUAUUUAUUCAGUCCAACUACAAGUCCUCUCUUUCGGCCUGAGGAUACGCGUCUUGGCUCCCAAGCUGAGCAGCAACUGGCCUUGGACAUUUCACAAUAUAAGAAAAACCCACUUUGAUUCGACCCCCCAAAUUCGACCCCAUCAAAUUCAAUCGACUGCAAACCACCGAACACCGAUCGUUUUCAGAUCCCAAACGAAAGAAUAAUCUAUUCAGCCAACAUGCAAUUCAACACGCUCCGCCUUUCACUCUCCGCUGCCAUCUUGAGCGCCACUAGUAUCAUAUCUGCCCCUGCUCCCAACUUCGGCGGCGGUCUAGGCGUUGGUGGUGGGAUUGGAAUUGGAAUCGGCUUAGGAGGGGGCCUGGGAGGCGGCUAUGGUGGAGGCUAUGGAGGCGGCUAUGGAGGUGGAUAUGGCGGAGGCUAUGGCGGCGGUUAUGGCGGAGGUCUCGGCUACGGUGGAGGCCUCGGCUACGGUGGAGGCCUCGGCUACGGGGGAGGCCUCGGCUAUGGGGGAGGCUAUGGAGGGGGACUUGGAUACGGAGGAGGUUACUACUAAAUUGAUUCAGAGGCAUUAGGACUUUUCAAGACCAUGCGGCCAAAACCAUGAACUCUCUCAACCCAUUCAAGGCAGCACACUUGAUACCCUUUUUUCAUCAUUCUCAAUGCCGCUACUAGCUUAACCGGCCACUUUUCAUAUGAAUUUGAAUUCUUUUCUUUUGGGCUAUCAGGUUCUCAUGUUUCUUUAUUUUACAUUUUCUUUGGGACUUGUUUGAUUUCACUUGUUAUUUAGGAACUUUUACAUAUUUAUAC